AUGAUAACGAAGUUUCCAUUCAACUACUGCCCAAGAAUGCUGGCCACUUGGUUGGCUUCUGUAUUGCUCAUCACAGGUUCGGUGAGUGCUACAUCAGAAGGCAAGGAUGAACGGUACACAUACAAUCAGAUGUGUAUUUUUGAGCGAAAGCUAACAGUGCUCCACGGGUUCGACUGUCGGGAACAGGUGGCCGUGGCAAAAUGGCGGAACUCAGUGAACUCUUCCGGGUGGACAUUCUUGGAAGUGGAAACCCAGGCGAAAUUUGAACCAGAACUUCAAGCGUAUGCAGCUGGUGUUUUGUCCCGUGAUGUUCUGCACUACCAUAUUCAAAACACCGCGGAGGACUAUUGUAAGAACUUUACGCAAUACUGUAAGCGCAUGAACGAAUUUGUCAGCCAGAAUCAAGACUAUAUCAAACAGAAGCUUGCGUCAACUCCCAGAGAUGACACGUACUGGUCGGCAGUCAAUCGAACGUAUCACCAACUCACCGGGCUAAUUGAUGGAUAUGAGGCGCGACCUAUUACACCUGGAAUAACCUACGAAAUGCAUCCAAUCUUGUUCAUGAACUGGAACGGAGAUUUCUACGACUUGGAGAAGAAGCUCAACAAGAGUAGGGAUCCAGUCCAAGAUCAAGUGGGAGGCAAAUGCUCUGGACUCAUUAAGGUGACACCUAAUAACGAGGAUCUUUUCAUCUCUCAAGUGACCAUGAGUGGAUUCCAAAACAUGCUCAGAGUUUUGAAGCUCUACAAAUUCGGUUACGAUCGUGAAUUCUUCCCCGGUUAUGCCACUUCAAUGGCUUCUUACCCCGGACUACUGUACUCAUCUGAUGAUUUCGCUCUCAUGUCUUCAGGUUUGGCAGUCAUCGAGACAACAAUUAGUGUAUUCGAUCUUGGCCUCUUCAACAAAACCCAAGCUGUUGGACAGCUCCCAACAUGGAUUCGGGCCGUAGUGGCGAACCAAAUGGCUCGCGACGCCAGAGAGUGGUGCCACAUAUACGCAAAAUACAACUCAGGAACUUACAAUAAUCAGUGGGCUGUACUUGACUACAAUAAAUUCACGCCCAAAAAACCACUCCCAGAAUAUGGACUCUUCUAUGUACUCGAACAAAUGCCUGGCACAAUAGUUUACCAGGAUCUGACAUGGUUCCUCCAAAAAUACUCUUACUUCCCCUCAUACAAUAUUCCGUACUUCAAGAAAAUCACAGACAUCAGCGGUUUCGUCAAUCAGGGAAAGAAGCUCGGCGACUGGUUCGUGUGGGGUAAGAGUCCUCGUGCAAGAAUAUUCGAACGCGAUCAUCAUACCGUCACUGACCUUGACUCACUUACAAAGCUGAUGCGGUACAACAACUAUACAAAAGAUGAGUUUUCGAGGUGUAACUGCAACCCACCUUACUCAGCAGAGGCGGCCGUUUCGGCUCGUGGUGAUUUGAAUCCCGCCAACGGUACUUACGAGUUCCCCGGUCAGGGACAUGUGAACCAUGGUGCUCUCGACUAUAAGGGAACAAACGUCAGCAUGAUGAAGAAAUUGGAAUUCCGUGCUCAAGGUGGACCCACCUGGGGAACGGUCCCGCCAUUUAGAUGGAGCACGUUUGACUUUAAGGACAAAGUGAAACACGUUGGCCAUCCUGAUGAAUGGAAAUUCGAGUGGUUCGAUCUCAAAUGGGAGACUGACAUCAAAGCCUGA